AUCCUUGGAUCGUACGUUUGGUAUUCUUUCCCUCUUAAUGCUUCAUUGUUCAUUCUUUCCGGGGACCCACCCUUUCUUUUUCUUCCUCAUGAAUUGCUUAGGACAGGGGCAAAGAAUGAACCUAUUGGUGCACGUCAAACAUAUUCUUUUCGUUCUUCUAAUUUUUUGCUUUCAAUCUGCAAGCCUUUCAUUAAAUGAUACUUCCUUGCAAAACUUGGUCAGCCAAUUUACAUUCAAACUUCUCAUCCAUCUCCAUUGUUACGUGGAGAAAUGGUCGAUGCUAUUCUGUCUACUGCGGUGGAAAGGUUUUCUGAUGCGCUCAUAGAAAAUGCAACAUCCUUGUACCGUGUGAAGGACGAUGUUGAAACGCUAGAAGAUCAUCUCAAAAGCUUCCAAUGUCUCCUAAAAGAUGCAGAAACAGGAAAACGUGAAGGAGCAAGCAUACAACAUUUCGUUGCAGAAAUCAGAGAAAUUGUUUAUGAUAUAGAAGAUAUUAUUGAGACGUAUGACCUCAAAGUUGCCUCCAAGAGGGGAGGAGGCACACAAAAUGUCCUCAGGAGGCUUUCUUCUUUCUGUACUUCUUUCUUUACCAAAGUAAAAACUAGGCGUCUACUUAUGUCUGAAAUUGCAAGAAUCAAGAACGGAAUUUCUGAUUUAGGUAGAUUACCGAGCAGUACUGCCAUAAAAGAGUUGAUCGUUGGAGUUGGUGCGAGUUCUUCAAAUAAGAAGCGAAGGGAACGAAGGCAAACGUAUGCUCAUGUUGAACAUGAUGUUUUUGGAUUGGAGGAUAGCCUGAAUGAACUUGUGCAUUGUUUGACAAAAGAAAAACAUAAAAAAGUUGUUUCCAUAUGUGGUGUGCGUGGUCUUGGAAAGACUACUCUUGCUAGGGAGGUUUAUCAUGACCAGCAAGUUAAGCGUCACUUCGACUGCCGUGCCUGGGUAUACAUCCCUCAACAAUAUCAAAGAAGAGAUGUUUGGGAAGAAGUUUUGAUCGGUCUUAUCUCUCCAUCUAUACAGCAUAGAGAUGAGAUUCGAAGCAUGACAGAAGAAGAGCUUGUUGAGAGACUUUGGGAUAUUCAGAGCCAAAACGAUUGUUUGGUGGUUCUAGAUAAUAUUUGGAAUGUUGAGGCAUGGAUUAGUUUAAGUGCUGCCUUCCUUAUGAGUGAUACGAAUAGCAAAAUAUUGCUUACCUCUCGUAUAGAUGAUCAUGACUUGGCUCAGUGUGUAGAUCCAAGGGGCCUCCUCCCUCACGAAUUGAAGUUUCUAAAUGAUGGAAACAGCUGGGAAUUACUUCAAAAUAUAGCAAUAUCGUGGAGAGAAGAUGAUAUUAUUGUUUGCGUUGUUGUUGGCUUUGCAGAUUCUAAAAUCACGAAAGAUUUGAAAUCUAUAGGGAAAGAAAUGGUUAGGUAUUGUAAGGGUUUACCAUUGGCUAUCAUUGUACUCGGAGGACUUUUGGCAACAAAGCAUACGUCAGAAGAGUGGGACCAAGUACAUGAAAAAGUUAAAUCAUCCCUCCAUUCACAAGAAGCUCUUCGCAUGGUGCUAACUUUAAGUUACGGUGAUUUGCCUACCCACUUGAAAUUUUGCUUCCUAUAUAUAGGUCAAUUUCCAAUGGACUUUGAGAUACACAUUGAGGAGUUACUUCAAAUGUGGGUGGCCGAAGGUCUUAUACGUGAUCAAAUGCAAUACAUUAAUGGAAGUAACGAGGAAACACUAGAGGAUGUUGGAGAACGAUAUUUACAUGAGCUACUGGAGAGGUGUAUGGUAGAAGUAGGACAAAAGAGUUCUGUUGCAAGGAUCAAAACUUGUCGUCUCCGUGACCUUAUGCGAGACUUUUGUGUGCGAAAAGCUAAAUUGGAAAACUUUCUCCAUGUCAUCAAUAUUAAUAAUGAGUCUAUGGAAGAAAUAAAAGCUCCUUUUGGUAAAAUUCGAAGAGUUGCUAUCAGUGGUGGAUCAUAUCCCGUUACAGAUGAUCCCGUUAUAGGUGGAGUUAUACUUCCAAAAUAUUUUCACUUAAGGUCUCUUCUAAUAUUCUCUGUGCCUUUGAAAGAGACAUCUAUGCUAAGUAAAUUCAAAUAUCUUAGAGUGGUGAAUUUUGUAAACAUUUCCAACAGCUAUGGGAGGUUAGAUUUCCUCUCUCAUGGGAUUGAAAGUCUCAUCCACUUGAGAUUCUUAACUCUAAGGAAUACUGGAAUUGAAAGUAUACCAUCUCUAGAAAAUUUGAAGUGCUUGCAGACUCUAGAUUUAAGAUCGGUAAAUGGCAUAGUGGGAGUGCCAAAUAUUAUGUUCAGACAUAUGGAGCACUUGCGACAUCUGUAUCUACCUCGGUAUUCGGUAGUCAGUGGGAAGCUGCAACUAGUUAAUCUUAGUAAGCUGCAGACACUUGUGAAUGUGCCUGUUUUCAUAUGUGAUUUCAAAGAUCCUAAGAAUGGAUUUGACGAGUUUGGAAACAAUUUAAUGCCUUCAAAUUUCACAUUCAAAUGUCUUCGUGUUCUGAAGAUCAUUCAAAAUAUGAUGGAUAAGAGAGUGGAUAUUCGGGCAGUUACAGAUAUAAUACCAAUAGUAACGUGUUGUCCCAACUUAUAUAAGCUACGGCUUUUGGGGAAAAUAGAGAAGUUGCCAGACAAAAUUUCUCCACAUCUUGCCUUGUUAACCUUAUAUCUUACUUAUCUUGAGGAAGACCCAAUGCCCACUUUGGAGAAGUUUCCCAACUUAAAGACUCUCCACCUUCAUUGGAAUGCCUACGAAGGGAAGAAGAUGGUUUGUUCUAAAAGGGGAUUUCCUCAACUUCAAUCCCUCAUCCUUUCUGAUUUACAUAACUUGGAGGAGUGGGAGGUGGAGGAAGGAUGCAUGCCCAACCUCAGCCGUUUGAUGAUUCAUGGGUGCAAAAACUUGAUAAUGUUGUUUUCGGAUGGACUUCAAUUUGUCACUACCCUACAAAAAAUGGAAAUCAUAGUCAUGACCAAUCCAUUUGGAGAUACGGUUGGCGAAGGAGAACAAGAUUCCUACAAAAUCCGACGCGUUCCUUCCCUCGAAUUUAAAGAUUAUACUCCAAGCCGAAUCACAAGCCGCAUCUCAAGUAACGGAAACAAUGAAAGCUACGGAAAUGGAAACUGCAGAAACAGAGGAUAUGAAAAUGGAAGCUGCAGAAACAGAAGAUACGGAAAUGGAAAGCUACGGAAAAGGAAGUUAUGGAAAUAG